UAAAAUCAUAUUUUGAAGUUCAAAGUUGAGGUUAGGUUAUUUCCACAAGUUGUUUUCUAAAUUACAUACUCAAAUUUCAUCUCGAAUCCUCGAAAAAUGGAAACCGAUGAUUCUGGUCCCCAACUAGAAAUUUGUUUCGUUACAAAGCAGGACAUCUAUGCUGUACCAGGAGUGCCGUUUUCGGUCCCUCAAAAUAUAAACAUUGUUCAUUUAAAUAAAUUAUUAAAUGAAUUAUUGGGGGACUAUACUGGACAGUUGAAGGCUAUCAAGUUCGAUUUCUUAGUUAAUGGUCAAAUACUAAGAUUACCAUUGAUCGAUCAUUUGAGGGAGUUUAAUAUUUCAACCGAAACAACAAUCGAUGUCGAGUAUAUUGAAAGAACUGAGGCUCCUGAGCCAGAAAAUGCAUUAAUACAUGACGAUUGGAUAGGUGGUGUACAAGCUGCGGACAAAUGGAUUUUAACGGGGUGUUACGAUUAUUCUGUGAAUAUUUGGACCGUUCAUGGGAAACACGAAGCAAUCUCCCAGGAGCAUACGAAUUUGGUCAAAGCAGUCUCGUGGCUAAAGCAAUCAGACCCAGAAGGUGGAUUCGUUACAGUUUCUCAUGACCUUACAGGAAUGCUCUGGAUGUGGAAGCCGGGCGAUAAAUCGCCUUCACCUGUGAUAGUGUUAAGGGGGCACGAAAGGGGAAUCGAUUCUGUCGGUGUUAGUCCAAACUCUGAACGUUUAGCAACCGGAGGGUGGGAUACAUAUUUAAAAAUAUGGUCUGCCAGUUUAGACGCCGAUGAGAAUUACGAACCGCAUCACAAAAAAAUUAAAUCCAGCAGUCACUUACCAUCGAGAACACCCAUACACACAUUGCAAGGUCACAAAGAGAAUGUAGUUUCGGUGCAGUGGUUGGAGCCACAACUGAUCUGUACAGCUUCAAUGGAUCACACUAUAAAGUUGUGGGAUACUGAGCUCGGGGGCUUACAAAGCGAAAUCGUUGCAGAAAAAGCAUUUUUAGGUGCUUCAUGGUCUCCUUUAUGCAGAUCAAUUAUUGCGUGUUCUGCAGAUAGGCAUGUUCGUUUAUAUGAUCCUCGUUCCACCGAGGGAUCUGUUUGUAAAAUGAUCUUCACCUCGCAUUCUCUGUGGGUUUCGGCGAUUACAUGGUCACAAACCGACGAACACUUAUUUAUGUCCGGUAGUUAUGAUGAGUGUGUCAAGUUAUGGGACACCAGAUGUCCGAAGGCACCAUUGUAUGAUCUGUCCGGCCAUCAAGGCAAAGUGUUAUGUGUGGAUUGGACGAAUCCAAAACAUCUUGUGUCUGGCGGUACCGAUAACAGUGUACACAUAUUUAAGAAUCGACAUAAUAAUUAAGAAGGACUAAUAAACAUAUAUAUGUAGAAAA